AUGUUACAAGAAAUAUGCACAAUUGAACAAUUUUUACAAAACAGGGUCAGCAUUACAGAAACACACACACACACACACACACACACACACACACACACACACACACACACACACACACAUAGAGCAAUUGAGACUCUUCUAUUUAUUAUAAACAAUGAGUACAAUGCGAGUCCGAGAGCUUUAUUAACCAUAAGGCAUUUUAAAGAACCAGUUAAAUUCUUUCAAAAAGUGCAAAGAAAACAAUAUGGAUGGCGAUAUUAUAUCUCCCGCUUAUUUAUGAAUCCACUACUUACUAUGCUGUUUAAACUAAAGUAA